AUGCAGAAACUCAUGAAGCGCACGGCCCAGGCCGAGAAGCAAGUCAGACGUCGCGUAGCUAAGCAGGCACGCUACCAGCAGGCCGAGGAGAGAGGCCAGCGGUUCAGAGAGCAGCGUCAGCAACUGGACGAACUCAACCACGACAUCAAGGUCUCCCGUCUGGCUCGCCGUGAGAAAUGGGACCUCGGCCCCGUGGCCCCGCGCCGCGACAUCUUCGACAACUGGGGCGCCAUCGAGACCAACCGUCAGGGCCGCCAGUCGGCUCUUAAGCCCGAGGAGGUCGAGGCCCGUUGCGCCUGGGCUGGCGGCAGGAAGUACCUCAACCUCGCUGUGAAGGACCGUGUUGUUCUUCUCGAGGGUCCUGAGAAGGGCAAGAUUGACCGGAUCGCGAGCAUCAACAAGGAGCACGGCACCGUGACAUUGGAGAACAUUGCAAAGAUCACCUCGUCUGUUCCCGAAGCCUUCCAAGAAGCCAUGGAGGCACCUCCCACGCAAAACGCAGCGAUGAACAUCCCCAUCUCUGCAAUCCGCCUCGUUCACCCUAUAGUCGACCCAAAAACUGGCACCGCCCGCGACGUCGUUGUCCGUGCCAUCGCUCGUAGCCCUGUCAAGUGGGAUCGUCACUCCGGCUGGCACUCCUGGACGCGAUACAUCCCCGGCGAGAACAUUGCGAUCCCCUGGCCCGAGCGGGAAAAGGCUGUCCGCGAGGACACGCCUGCCGACACGAAGCUUAUCGACGUCGAGGCCCAGACCUUUGUCCCGACCCUCCUUCGCCCGCCCAUGCCCGAGAGUGUCAUUGACGAGCUACGUAACAAGUACUCUCGCUUCCGUACCCGUCACGAGGCCGAAUACAUUCAGCGCAAGGAGGACGAGGAAAGCCUCAAGAAGGCCCUCAAGCGCAUGUCGGCUGACACAGUCGCCUCCGUUCGCACGCCGCUGCAGGAGUUCAACCGCCAGCAGCGUGACGCCCGUCGUGCUCGCGGCAAGCCUGAGAUGUCGGACGAUAUGCUCGAGAAGAUUGGCGAAGUCAUUGCAAGGAACAAGGCCAGGACGCUCAACGGUGCCGGCUUGUCCGAGGUUUCGUCCACGCCUACCCCUCAAAUCCUAGAUUCUGCUGUCCCAUCAACGGAAGCGCCCAAGGAAAGUCAACCGCCGCCUCAAUAG